UGAUGAUGAUGAUGAUGACCUUGACCUUGACCAUGACGAUGAUGAUGAUGAUGAUGAUGAUGAUGAUGAUGAUGGAGGUGGAAUGGUGGUGACAACGAUGAUGGACUACAGCGGCGACGACGACGAUGAUGAUGAUGAUGGCGAUAAUGGCGGUAUAUGUGCCGCAGCUGCUACUGUUCCAUCUGGUGCUCCCGCUAUUGCAGCAGCUGCUGCUGGUUCAGCUAUUGCUGGUUUAGCUACAGUUUUUUAAUUCUCCUGUGUAAGGAUUGUUCUCAGCAAUGUAUCCGGUCCGUAUCAGCACCAAAAUUCCGUCAAGAAGACUGACCAUUUUCCUGUGCAGGGAAGGACACGAUCUCUGUUUGUGGAUCAUUAAUGAAGCCUGGACAUCGUC